CAUGCGAUGGAAAUUUUGGAAAGAAUCACUAACAGAAGAAACUCGUCAAACCGAGUUCUUCAAACCUGGGGCUGUAUAUCAUACUUCCGACAAAAGCUCACUUCCCUCUAAUGCAGUAAGAUUAAGCCCUGCUCAACUGUCAAUAAUGGAAUAUGAAGUAGCGAAAAACUGGAAAAACAAGCGAGAAAUAUUUUCUUACUUGUAUGCUCCUCAAAUGUGUGGUUCAAUAUCUGCAGCCACUGGGCUUGUUUUCACAAAUCAUCUGAGACAAUCUCUAAAAUUAUCCCGUUAUGGCGUUGGUAGAUUAUCGACUUACGCGUCAGGAGUUUUUAUACCCUUUGCUCUAACUGGGCUAACAUACCAUCGUUUUGUAUCUCAGCGCCAAAAUGUCAGUGACAAAUGCCAAUUAUGUGCUAUUAAUCGAGGUGUUGCAAUACAAUUGUUAAAUGGAUUCCUGCAACCAAUGAUUCUAACAACUACAGCCUGUUUUGCUGUGGCAAAAGCUUAUAAAACCAUUGCUUUACCUGCUUUCUGGGAUUUGAGAAAGCAAUCAUCAAUAGUUACUAAAAUAUUUAAAUCUGCCAGACUUCAAAUUGGAGCUGCUCUGUUAUUAAAUGUAGGAUUUGCCGUUUUCUUUACAAUACGACAGCGAGAGGGAUAUCUACUAAUCAAGGAAGAAAUUCUGAAAAGAUAUAGUAUAAAGAGCAGCAACAUAUAA